GAAAUAAAAAUGUUGGUAACUUAAAUGCUAUAUGCUUUACGGUUAUAUGAUUAAUGCAUUGAAACGCAUGUACGUUAAUACCUGCUGGACAAUGAGAAAUAUAUGCGAGCGAAGAGCGACUCAUGAGGUAAUGUGCAAAUCAAGAAAAUAAGAGGAAGAGUAAAGGUCAGAUGUUUCGAUUGUAUUACUAAUAAAAAAAAUAAGCAAAAGUAUGAGCUUAACCGUAGAUCGAAGUGCGGAAGAUGCGUCAGAUUUGCAACUUGAAGAUUUUAUAGAAAAAGAAAGUCGAAGACAAUUAUUUCAGCACACCAAAAAACAUGAGUUACGAGUUGUUUUAUCUUCUUGGAUAUAACUAAAACGUUAUUUAAUAAUUAAAUGAAAAAGUCCAUUAUAUGUCUCAUUGCUUUUUUUAUUUAAAAAGAAUCUAGCACUAAAUCUGACAGAUAUUUGCUGGGAAACUUGCAUUGACCGCCCUACUCCACGAUUGGAAGCCAAGAUGGGAACGUAUUGCUUUAAGUAAAAGUUCUGAUAUUGAUUUGAAAUAGACGAAUAAAUAAGAAAUUAUACAGUUCGUACAUGAUAUAAUUACUACAUUUAUUCGAUUAAUUAAUUAAUAAAGUGUUACUUUUAAGAAAGAAUUGUAUCAUAAAGACUAUUAUCUAGAAAUUUCAAUGACAGUAUGUUUUCAAGAGUGAGAGAUUUUUUUGGUCGCCAUAAACGGAAGUUUAUAUACGGGAGCAUCAUUAUUGGAAGUUUUAUAUUUCUAUCGCGGUAUACACAAAGAAAAAUUCGAGAAUGGCAGGAGAAAGAGAUCAAGGAGAUGUUGGAGAAAGCUCGAAGACGUCAAUAUUUUGAAAGUACAGAAAGGACAUGUAAUCAGAUGAUUCUUCCUCUUGCAUCUAAUUUAAGAGAGUCCGUAACAAAAGCUUUGGAUACCACUUCUAUAGUGAACAAACUUAGGAAUGGUUGCGACGACAAAGUAGCGUCGUGGAAUGAACUUAAAGUUUUAGCAAUUUCAAGAUCAGCUGCAAUUAUCUAUUCUCAAGUUAUGCUUGUCGUACUUAUUAGAAUUCAAUUUAAUAUAAUGGCUGGCCAUAUGUAUAAAGAAUCUCAGAAAGUAACGGAUAAUAUCAAAGAGAAUGACGAGUUCCAAACAAAGUAUAUGUCGUUAUGUGGUCAUUUCAUAUACGACGGCAUAAAACAAUUGUGUAAUAUUAUAAAAGAAAAGGUCACUGAAAUAACAGCAUCUAUAUCUUUAAUAGAUAAAUUAUCAUUGAGAGAUUUAGAACAAAUAUAUUGGUCCAUCGUGUCGUCUGUAACUGCAGAUGACAGAAAUCCAACGAAAAAUCUUUCGAAAUAUAUGCUACCAUCGGAGUGCGAAGAAAAAACUAAUGCAUCUCUAUCAAACAUCAUUUACGAAACCUUAGAUCUACUGGAAAGCGAAGAAAUACAAGGCUUUAUGCAAAGUAAUAUUCGAAGUGGUUUCGUUUUACUAAUGGAUCAUAUAUCAGAAUUUUUUAAUACCAAAACAAAUAAUGAUAAUGGUACGAGGAAUGGCAUAUCGAUACCAGGGACCUCGAAUCAUACAGAUAUGCUUUGGACAGAUUCUGUUAACACAAAGAUUUCAAAACAUUCAGAUUUCGUUGAUAUAAAUAAGAUCACUAUGCCUAUGGCUAAAAUAAUUCCAAUAAUAAAUGGACAAAUUCCAGAUCAAUCUAAGCCUAGAGAUGUAUCUACAGUAUGGUUGCAGCGUCUUAUUCUAAACGACGAACUUAAAUUAUUUGGGGCUAAUAUCUACGAAGCAUUUAGUUUCUAAGAUAAAAUAUAUUAUAUAGAAAAAUAACUACACUAAGUUAUCUAUGUGAGCACACGUCCACCUGCAAUAAACAUAUACUAUAUAUAUAUAUGUUGUAUAUAAUAUAUAUAUAUAUAUAUAUACACACACAUAGAUAUACAUAUAUACAUAUAAAAUAUAUAUGUAUAUAUAUAUUACACGAAAAUUCCAAAUAACAUGUAAUUAAAAACUAAUCAUUCUAUCUGUUUAAUUUUAUGUACGGUAUUUUUGACAUAUUAUAAAGUUCACUUUCGUAAAUAAAUGCAAUUAUAUAAAGAUAA